GUAUGGAGGCAGUGGCUUUGUCACUCAUUCGUUGAACAGUGUGCUGGCGCAGGUCUUCUGCCGUUACUACAUCGAUAAUAAACUAGAAAUACUACCAAUUUGCCAUACAAAAAAAUAAAUAGCUAGCAAUAUGGGAAUGUAUUGUUUUUGAAAAUAUCAAGAACAACCACAUCCUACAGGGACCACAUUCUUUAUUAAGCCAUUUGCGUGGUCUAAUCAAGGAGUUGCAAUGAUCCACGCGAAGGAUAUCAUUUUAGCCUUCCUUCUCGUGGGCUCUACAGUUUGUCUGGAAGUGGAGAUCACCCCCACCCAGGGAGAGAUCAGUGUCGGAGAGUCCAAGUUCUUUCUGUGUGAAGUUGUUGGGGUAGCAAAGGAGAUUGACUGGUAUUCGCCGAGCGGGGAGAGGAUAGAGCCCAACAAACCAGAGAUCACCGUAACCCGAAACGACGAGUCCUCGUCCACACUCACGCUCUACAAGGCCGGGGUGGACAGCGCUGGGACCUACAAGUGUCUGGCCACCAACGGAGACCAGUCAGCAGAAGCCACCGUCAACGUCAAGUUCUACCAAAGGAUCACCUUCAAGAACGCCCCCUCCCCCCAAGAGUUCAAUGAAGGGGACAACGCCAAAAUUGUGUGUGACGUCAUCAGCUCCCCUCCCCCCACCAUCAUCUGGAAACACAAAGGAGCUAAGAUUCAGAUGGAGAAGGAUGUCCGCUUUAAGAUCCUUCCCAACAACCACCUGCAGAUCCGAGGCAUCAAGAAGACAGACGAGGGGUCGUACACCUGCGAGGGCCGCCUCAUGGCCCGGGGAGAGAUCGACCUCAAGAUCAUCAGGGUCAUCGUCAACGUGCUCCCUACCAUCCGGGUGUGGCAGUCUGAGGUGAAUGCCACAGCAGGCGUGGGCCAGUCUGCCAUGUUGACCUGUGCAGCUGAUGGAUACCCAGAGCCCAUGGUGACCUGGGCAAGGGCCGGUGUUCUUCUGGAGUCAGGAGACAAGUACAGCUUUAAUGAGGACGGUUCAGAGAUGACCAUCAUGGAGGUGGCCAAGCUGGAUGAGGGAGAGUACACCUGCAUCGCUAAGAACAAGGCUGGGGAGAGCGAACAGGAACUCAGCCUCAGGGUGUUUGUGAAACCUAAGAUCACCUUCCUGCUGAACCAGAGCACGUCUGAGAUGGAGGAGCAGGUGACUCUGACCUGUGAGGCGUCAGGGGACCCCACCCCCACCAUCAACUGGAGCUUCGGCCUACGCACCUUCACUGAGGGAGAACAGGCGCAUCUUAACAGGAUCUAUCAGGCCUCUUGGACUCGGCCCGAGCAACACAAGAGUCUGGAUGGGAACGUCGUAGUGAGGAGUGAUGCUCGUGUGUCCUCCCUCACGCUGAAGUACGCCAAGUUCACCGACGCUGGCCAGUACCUCUGCUCUGCACGCAACGCCAUCGGAGUGGAUUCUCAACCCGCCUACCUGGAAGUCCGCUAUGCUCCUAAGAUCCAGGGCUCAGUGACAGUGUAUACCUGGGAGGGAAAUGCAGCUAACAUCAGCUGUGAGGUCCUGGCCCACCCCAGUGACGUGUCCAUGCUCUGGCUGAGGGACGGGUUUCAGCUUCCCAACGCUAACGUCACCAAAGCCAAGGUUUUCCAGAGCCCCACAGCCAGCUACCUGGAGGUCACCCCAGAGUCUGAGAAUGACUUUGGGAGCUACAACUGUACUGCUUCCAAUGAGAUGGGCACAGAAUCCAAGGAGUUUCUCCUCAUUCAGGCUGAUGUCCCGUCAGCCCCGUCCCUCGGGGAGGUGGAGCCGUUCUCCAGCUCAGCCAGGGUGGAGUUCCAGGAGCCUGACGCCACCGGGGGUGUACCCGUCCUCCGGUACCGGGCUGAAUGGAAGACUGUGGGCAGGGGCAGCUGGGUGCAGAAGGUCUAUGAGGUCCAAGGAGGAACUCUGAGUGAAGUUACCAUCAUAGGCCUGAAGCCUGAGACCAACUAUGAGGUGAAGAUGUUAGCCAUCAACGGCAAGGGAGAGGGUGAAACUAGCCCCGCUCUGGUCUUCAAGACAGAGCCUGUCCGUUAUUCUUACGCAAAAGGGGAACCUGAACCGCCUAAGCUGGAGGGAACACUUCAAACCAAAGGCAACUCCCUCAAAGUCAACUGGAUCAAGCAGGACGAUGGAGGCUCCCCCAUCACACACUACCUAGUCCGCUAUAAACCAAAGCAUCAGACCGACUGGAAGCCAGAGAUCCGGCUGCCCAGUGGCAGUGAGUAUGUGGUUCUGAGCGGACUGGAAUGGAACACAGAGUACGAUGUGUUUGUGGUGGCAGAGAACCAGCAGGGGAAGUCCCAACCUGGAACCCUGACCUUCAGAACCUCUCCAGAACCCGCUGCCAUCCCAGAUAUAGACGGGGAGUCUGCCCUCUCCACGGGCAUCAUGGCAGGGAUCCUCAUCUUGGCCUUCGUCCUGCUGCUCCUGGCUGUGGACAUCACCUGCUACUUCACCAACAAGUGUGGCCUCAUCAUGUGUCUGUGUGGCAAGCCAGGCAGCGGGGCCAAGGGACACAACCUAGAACAGGGCAAGGCUGCAUUCAUAAAGGACGAGUCCAAAGAGCCGAUAGUGGAAGUGAGGACAGAGGAUGAGUGCACAGCCAAUCACAAUGCAGGAGGACCCACAGAACCCAAUGAGACCACACCCCUUACAGAGCCAGAGCUGGCUGCCCUGGCUCUGGACACCCUCUCAUCUGUAGCCACCAUCUCUGACACAGCCAACACAAUCUAUGACCCCGCCCAGGACAGCCCCUCUAGCGAGAGCACCGCACUCACCUGUAGCCUGUCUGCCCCCUCUACUGACCCCCUGUCUACCCCCGUUACUGACCCCCUGCCUGCCGCUGCCCCCGCCCCGGCACCCACCUCAGAGUCCAACACAGCCCCCCCAACCCCCCUCAUCUCCACUUCUGACAUCACAGCAACCCCCCUGUUAGACCUUCUAGAAGACAGCUCUCCUAGAGCAGAGGACAAAAUGUCUGCCACUGCUGUUAGUGCCACAGAUUGCCCUAAAUCUCUUAAAAAGUCCCCUAUUCCAAUACCACCUAGGCGUCGAAACUCUAACAGACCUGCUCCUUCUCCUCCCACUCCCAAGAGCCCCACACCUACCCACUUCACCACUGUGGCCUCCAGGAAAUCUGCCCCAGACAGUCCCUCUCUUUCCCCCUCCACUGCCUCUCCUAUCCAAAACACGAGGAAAGCUGCUCCCUCUCCUGCUCCUAUGGCGUUCACUUUCCCAGCCUCUGACACCUCCACCGAUAAACCUGCACCUACUGCCACCAGCACUGUUACCCCUGUCCCUGGUACCCCUACUGUCCUGGGCUCUAGUACACCAGCCCCUGACCCUGACAAACCUGACUCUACUACCAAAGACACUCACACCCCUGCCCCUAAUAUAGACCCCACUACCACUCCCACAUCUGUCCCUAAUAUAGACCCCACUACCACUCCAACAUCUGUCCCUAAUAUAGACCCCACUACCACUCCCACAUCUGUCCCUAAUAUCAACCGCACUACCACUCCCACAUCUGUCCCUAAUAUAGACCCCACUACCACUCCCACAUCUGUCCCUAGUGCUCCUACUACUGCCUUCAAUGCUGAUGUAACUGCUGCUAUCGUUCAUGAGGACACAACCAAAUCUGCCCUUGUUUUCCCAGACAUUCUCACUCCCACUCCUGCUCCCACAAGUGCCCCCACACCUGCCCCUAAUGCUCCCACUGCUCCGAGCUUUGCCACACCUGCUGCCCCCACGGUCACUAUCACACCUACCUCUACUACCUACGACACCCCAACACCAACCCUGACCCCCCACAUACCCAUCACCACAGAGCCCCAAGCCCCAGAGAUAGAGUUUGAGUUGACCAAUGGGGUGGUGACUAAGAGCCCCUCCCUGCCCCCAGCAGGGUCCACUGGGUUUCAGAGUAGUCCCACUCCCUCCCCUGCCCCUGUCCCUUCCUCCUCCUCCUUCCAGGCUAACGGAGACGGGUUCGGGGCAGACCUCCAGGCCUCAGGCCCUCCUGCUCUGGAGGAGUUAGACAGUCUGGCCAAGGCUGCUCCACUCAACAACGAGAAGAUAUUUGGAGAUGAGAAGAGUAAAGUGGAGGAGGUGAAGACAGCCCAGUCAGAGGUGACCACAGAACACAACGAUGUCACACAGACAAGCGACAGCAAGGCAUGAUUGGGCAGCCUCAGCCCACCCAAGAUGGCGGCGGCAGCAACACUCAUUACAGUCUGCAGCAGUUUUUCUUUCCAGUGCCCUUUCUGCAUUCUCAGAACAACAACAUGCGUCUGUGCAAUAGAGUCCAUUAGAGCACAAUCUGAUUGUGCAAAAGUAAAAUAUUGUCACAUAUGAUUUGUUUUGCUACACCCAUUGAGCACUAAAGAACACAAUUUGAGUGAUCUCAAGUGGUAUAGGAAACAACAUUUCUCAGAGUUAUAAUUGUUUUCAGUGCGGUUGCAGAUAAACAAUGGAUUAUUCAGGAACAUAACACUGAGUGUACAAAACAUUAGGAACACCUUUCUACUAUUGAGUUGCACCCCUUUUUGCCAUCAGAACAGCCUCAGUUCUUCGGGGCAUGGACUCUACAAGGUGUCGACAGAAUUCCACAGGGAU